GAUGGUUCCACCACAUCACCUCCAUGGAGUAAACCAUUCCUUGAACGGGCCGUUCAAGUCUAGUCACUCCACUUUCUAUUGGUCAAAUAUAUCUAAUCAGCGAAAGCGUACGUGCGUCUCCCCACCUUUGAUAGCGAGGUGUGGAGGGGCUCUCCAGUCUAGAACCAGAUAUACCAUUCUGGGAAAAAAUGUCCCUCGCAUAUACCAUAUCCAUAAACUCUAGUCAUAAUGUCAUGACCGGCCCGGAUAUUCGCCGUUUCUCCGCAUCUCGGUGCAUUACAAGCUAUAUCAGCGAUGCUUGCCUCGAGCAGCAUAUCGGGAUCAUGUAUCAUGUCAUAUCCCAUUGAUUGAUCGGUCGGGUAUCGAAUCAAUCGUUUCCCAACAAUGGCCCCAACAAUGGCCCCAACAACACGAGUUGUCAUUAUCGGAGCAGGUAUCGUGGGCACCAACCUGGCUGACGAGCUGGUCUCGCGAGGAUGGAAGGACAUUACCGUCAUCGAGCAGGGUCCGCUGCACAUGCCAGGCGGAUCAACGUCCCAUGCACCCGGUCUCGUCUUCCAAACAGCGGGCACCAAAACCAUGACCCAUCUUGCACGCUACACCGUCGAAAAACUACUGUCGUUGGAAAAGGAUGGACAGAAGUGCUUCAACCAAGUGGGAGGCCUUGAGGUGGCGACUACACCUGAACGCCUUCAUGAUCUCAAACGCAAGCACGGCUUGGCCUCUUCGUGGGGCAUAGAGGCGCACCUCGUAAGCGGGCAGGAGUGCAUCAAGAUCUACCCCCACCUUAAUAAGGAUUUGGUACUAGGUGGUCUACAUAUCCCCAGCGAUGGUUUAGCACUGGCAGCGCGCGCAACGCAGCUCCUUAUUGAGCGCACUCGCGAGGCCGGCGUCCGUUACAUGGGCUUAACACCCGUCACCGGCAUUGAGCGAACGAAGAAUCGCGUCACAGGCGUGAAUACCCCGAGUGGCACUGUUUCCGCCGACAUCGUCAUAUCUUGCGCCGGUUUCUGGGGAGUCGAGUUGGGGGCCAUGGUCGAUGUCUCUGUUCCUUUACUUCCGCUCGCCCACCAAUACGCCAAAACUACUGCCCUACCUGCUCUCGCUGGACGGGAGGCCAAUACCCUGAAUAACGGGAUGAAUGCGGAGCUUCCAAUACUGCGGUAUCAAGACCAGGAUCUCUACUACCGCGAACACGGCGAUCAGUAUGGUAUCGGCUAUUACGGACACCGGCCAAUGCCUGUCACUGCAGCCUCACUAGGUCUCACCCCGAAGCAUGUGGACGAGCAUAACAUGCCAUCACGUCUUGAUUUCACUCGCGAGGACUUUGACCCCGCCUGGAAAGCCUCCCAAGAGCUCUUACCCAUUCUACAAGGUAGCCAGCUUGCCGAUGGUUUCAACGGAGUAUUCUCUUUCACUCCAGAUGGCGGGCCCCUCGUUGGACAGGCACCCAAUCUCGACGGCUUCUACGUUGCUGAAGCAGUAUGGGUCACUCAUUCAGCUGGUGUGGCACGAGCAAUGGCGGAACUGCUCACCACGGGCCAGUCCACGAUCGACAUGUCCGAGUGCGAGCUAUCCCGUUUUGAAGAAGUCCAACUGAACCGAUCCUACGUCAACGAAACCUCGCAGCGGAACUUCAUCGAAAUCUACGAUAUCCUCCAUCCGAUGCAACCAAAGGAAUCACCGCGGCAGCUGCGAACCAGCCCUUUCUACGCUCAGCAAAAGGAGCUAGGAGCAUACUUUUUGGAACUUGGGGGCUGGGAGCGCCCAUUCUGGUACGAAUCCAACGCACCCCUCAUCCGGUCUCUUCCGCCCGAAUGGAAGCCUGUUCCCCGCGACGCGUGGUCCGCACGAUACUACUCGCCCAUUGCGGCAGUCGAAGCAUGGAAAACACGAAACGCCGUAGCUAUGUACGACAUGACCUCCUUCCACCGGUUCGAGGUAUCCGGGCCAGGUGCAGUCCACCUCCUCCAGCGCCUGACUACGGCCGACGUCACCGCGAAGCCAGGAAGCACCAUAUACACCCUCCUCUUGAACACCCACGGCAACAUCCUCAGCGACAUCUUCGCCACACGCCUUCAGGACGACCUCUACCAAAUCGGCGCAAACACGGCCAACGACCUCGCCUAUCUCACGCGGGAGGCCCGCCACCUUACCCAACGAAACCCCACCCACUGGGUCCAAGUCCGAGACAUAACUGGCAGCACCUGCUGCAUCGGGUUAUGGGGCCCGCGUGCCCACGACGUCGUCCGCCCACUCAGCACAGACGAUGUCUCCCACGCCGGCCUCCCCUACAUGAGCGUCAAAAGGGCAACAAUCAACAGCAUCCCAGUGACCGUUUUCCGAAAAUCAUACAUCGGCGAGUUUGGCUGGGAGAUUCAGACAACCGCUGAGUAUGGCCAUCGGCUCUGGGACUCCAUCUGGCAAGCGGGCAAGCCGCACGGUCUCGUCGCCGCUGGUCGCAGCGCCUUUAACUCCCUUCGGCUGGAGAAGGGGUACCGCGUUUAUGGCGCCGAUAUGACGACUGAGCAUAACCCUUUCGAAGCUGGUGUUGAAUUUGCUGUCGACGCGGGCAAGAAAAAUGAUUUCGUCGGGAAGGCUGCGCUGGCACGUCUUGCGGGGAAGACGCCGGAAAGGCGGCUGCACUGUUUGACUGUUGAUGAUGGUAGGUCUGUUGUCCUGGGUAAGGAGCCUGUUUUUUAUAAGGGCAGGGCGGUGGGGUAUGUUACUACUGCUGCGUUUGGGUACAUGGUUUGCAAGCCUGUUGCUUAUGCCUGGCUGCCUGGUGAGGUGGCUGUGGGUGAGGGCGUUGAGAUUGAGUAUUUUGGGAGGAGGGCUAAAGCUACUGUGUCCGCGGAGCCUUUGUAUGAUCCGCAGAUGGGCCGUUUGCUUGAGAGUCCGUCUCCAAUAUCUGAACUGCAGACAUCGGUAAAAUCCCGUCUAUAGGGGCUGGGUUGUGGUGAGGAGCAGCGACAUGGUUUAGGAAUUCAAGGGUGGAGUUUCGUGGAUGUCUUGAUUUGGAUGAACUGAUGAUAUUGAUUUAUGAAUAAUGUUAAGAUAUUUACACUAAGCCUACUACAGGGAGCCAUGGACUUUAACACCUUUGUGUCUC